UGUUAAGCAAAUCUAGCGAUCCCGUAUCUAGCAUCGUUAGCCGUCUAUUCAGCGUGGUUCCAACUCUUACCACUGCUUGAUUUGCUGCUAGUGUUUGAGUCCAGAGUAUCGAUUUUAGUUUUUUGCUUAAAAGAAAACUUGAUUCUCUCAGGAGUAAGUCUCCAAGGACACACCAAUAUAAAUGACAGAUUUUAAACAACUUAUAUUAUGGACAGGCAAAGAUUACGAUAAGAAAAUUAAUAAACAAGUUCGGCGUCUUUGAUUCCAACUUUAUAGCAGUGUUAGGCCACCUCCCUCCACUAUUCUGUUCCGUGCAAAUUAAAAUGUAGGCAUUCAGGUAUAACGUGGAUAAUCUACUUAGCAAGCGAUUAAUUAAUUAGUCUAAGUAUUAACUAAAUACGUAAGCAAAGAAGCCGGAAUAUCCACCUUUUUGUCAAGGUUCACAUAGUUCCUCUUUUGAUAAAUUCAAGUAAAAUCAUUACGUCGGUAUGUUACUAAUUGCUUCGUUACGUAUUUAUUACAUGUAUUGUUACAUAUAUUUUUUUAUUCAUUACCAGUUCGUUCUCUAGUGAUGUUUGUGUGUUUCUUAGCUUACUUUAUCAUUGUGUAAAGUCUGUUUUUGUGUUUGAAAAGGCUUGGUUGUGCUGUUAUUGCGUAGUGAAAAAGAUUGACUGGAAUCGUACUCGAAUUGAUAAUAUAUGUUUGAAAGAUUUAAAAUAGGUAAUAUGUUAUUCGAUGGCCCAUAUUCAAGUCCUUGAUUGUUUCCAAAUUCUCUCCGUAUUAUUUAUUCUACCACUUUGCAGCUUAGAUUGAAUUUUGGUUGUUAUCAUAAUAUCAAGUCCCAUUCAGUUUACCUUGUAUACAUUUGUAAUUGUUAAGGUUUGAUUACAAGUAACACUCAAAACUCCAUUGUCGUUAUACAAUGAAACCUACGUAAAUUGACUUCAACGAAAGCUUUUGUAUGAACGAACGCCUUUGUUGAAUAAAUAGACUCGGAGAAAAGAUAUAAUCGAUAGUCACUCAAUACACGCCUUUAGCUUUACAACCCCUGAAUAUUCAUACUCAACUCAUAUUUGAGGCGCUGUUAAUCAACUGUCACUUGUUCGAUUCAUUUUAUCGCUGAAUUUUGAAACAUCAAUUAGUGAUCAAGUUCAUUUAUGCUUCGAUCGUGCAGUCUUUUUUACUUUCAAAAAUAGUACGAACGAUGAACAUUUUAAAAUUUCAAACGAAAUUUGACUAUAUUUGUUAAUUUGCAUUUUAACCUUUGCCGAAGACAUAAUUUAUAAUCAGGUUUAACGGCAACUUUGAUUGAAGUCUCAGUAUUCAACCAUAAGCGUCUCAUAAUAAACACGACCAUUUUGCAUUUCCUUGGUCUAAUUCCUCAAUCUUAUCUCGUGUUAUCUUAUCGUCCGCGACACAACAAACCGCGUUAGUGUAAAGUUGGACCUGUAACGUUCAUAACAUGUUAUCCUGUACCCAAAAACCUGACAAGUUUUUAAAUAUUGUCCCAUGAGUCACGAUUCCACAAUCAAGGUGUCAUUUGUCUGUUGCUAGUUCGUUGAAAUGGGUGAUAUAGAAAGGACAGUGAAGUGCUGUGAAUAUAAAAAUAGUUUUGAUUUAAAUUGGAGUGAUGUUAGAUAUAGUUUCCAAAGGAGUUGGGUUAAAACGAAGAAGUUUCGGAAUAGAGUCGUUGGGUCUAAUAGUUUGCGGAGGGGCGCUGGCGUUAAUGUUCAAGACGACAAUGGUUAUACACCACUACACCAAGCAUGUUUAAAUGGUCGCAAAGAUAUAGUCCGGGUGUUGCUCUCGGCUGGUGCUUCACCAUGCAUGGUGGACAAAAAGGGUGCUACGCCCCUCCACCUGGCGGCAUUCAAAGGUGACACGGACAUCUGCUACAUGCUCCUAGAACACAGCAACUCUCCCGUCAACAUCGAUCAACUGACAUCAGACCAUGAAACUGCGUUACUAAUAGCCGCUCAGUUUGGCUUCGUCAACGUGGUUUCUCAGCUCAUAUCCCGUGGCGCCGACGUUACUAUCAAGAACUCCAAUGACGAAAGUGCCUUGGAUCUCGCUGCGCAGUAUGGCAGACUCGCAACUGUACAACAUCUACUACAAGUGCGGCCGCAGUUGGUCGACCAGUACAGGUAUCCAGCAUGCCGGAGUCAGAUAUUCACCAACACACCACUGCAUCGAGCUAGCAAGAAUGGAAGGAAGGACGUCGUAACAGCCCUAAUUGACGCCGGAAUGGAUCCAAACGUGCGAACACAUAGCGGUACACCACUCCACGAAGCAGCUCGCUUCGGCAAACCUUCAGUAGUCCGUAUACUCCUCAACAAAGGCGCUGACCUCCAUGCUCACGACUCCAGCGGAAAGACAGUAUACCACCUCUUCGAAGAAUACCCCGAAGAAGCAACCAGAAAAGUCAGAAAAGUCAUACGAGGUAUGUGCAAAGCAGAGUAUGAUAACAUCAUGGGCGCAUUCGACAGUGAUAAGGAAUUGCCACCGUUCCCGGUCCCGGAUUACAGUCCCGACGCCGUCAUGACCACGACUGAGACCCAGAAAAAUACUAACAAUAAUGAUAGCUUCAUAUCUCCAUCUUCAUCAGCUCUAACAAAGAAUCAUUCACAGAGUUUUGUUAAAAAGCUUGCUUCAAAAUGCUUGGGCCUGAAAGCAAAGUUCAAUUCAGCUCCUAAUAUUACUAAUAGCGUAGCUGCGGAAGCUGCGGUUAAACCAAAGCAAACGGAGUUUAAAAGUAAUACAAAUACAAUUCUCAUAGGAAACAGUAAAUUCUUUAAAAUGCUGUCGAAAAAGGAGGAAUCUGGUGAAAUCGUAUGUAAUGACGAAUUUGAUACAAUAUCGCUUGAUAGGUUAGGUACCCUUAACAGGGACUCUGUAGUUAACAGAAGUAAUAGGAGUUGUCCAGGGUUUAAAACAUCUUUACCUAAUAUAUCUGAAAAUAAUGAGCUAAGUGGUUCUGAAGAUUCAAUUGCUGAAUCUGUGGUUAUUACAGAAUUGGACUGUGAUAGAAGUAAUGUUAAUAUUAAUGAAGCUAUCAAUAACACAUUGAAAUUGAAUAUAUUUGAGCCUAGAGAGAAGACUGAUAGACAGUCGGUGACCUCUAUCGUGUCUGCAGAGUCCACUAACUUAGUGAAUGAAUGCUACGAGUCAUAUGAAUUCGUUAAAAAAGACGCUGAAAGUGUCAAAAGUCUUUCACUUCCUAAACCACCGCCGAGACCUACAAUGAUUGCCACUAAAAACAGCAGCGAAAACAUUUAUCAAAAUGUUAUAAUGGAGAUCAAAACUAUACCAAAACCUGCGGCUCGUGUUCACAUACCGACAAAACCACUUGACGAUGCACAGAAACAAACUUUGUACGAAAAUAUUUCUAUUGUUCAAGAGAAAAAACCCGAACCUCUCAAAAGGUCUAUUAUUACAAAGAAACUCAGUAACGAAAGUUUUGAUGAAAAAAUAUCUAUUCGAAGUAGAACUUCUACUAUUUCUUCUGAUUCCAUGAUUGACGAAACAAAUUUGGAGGAUAUUUUACUGUCUCAGAAAUCUAAGUCCUUCCGUCAUGGUGUCACAUCACCCUAUACAAAAAUGAAAGCAAAUUCGUCCAGUACCCAAUCCGUGGUUUCAGAUUCAUCUGAUUUUACAGAGGCCAGUGCCUUAGAAAAUGUAGAUUGUAGUAACGACGAAAAAGCUAUGUACCUUUCAAUGACUGGAACCUUACCUAAUAAGAGGCCGGAAAGUUUCGGUCAGAAGAAAGUCCUUUUCAGACAUAAAACGUUCACAAACAUCGAAUUAGAUAGAGAUUCUUUAAGAGUUAAAGAUUUGCCACCAUGGAACAAUUCAUUUUUGAAAGAAACGCUUGCUCAUUAUCACAUAAGAGGUACAGGACAUUGCAUUUAUAAGGCACCAACUGUUCAAGAAUUUAUUUACAUUUUCAAUAGAGAUACACUCUACAAGGAUGUGCCACCGUUUACUAAGGUUCCUAAUGACAAAAGAGACAGCUAUUUUGAAACAGCUAUAUGCUUCUGUAGACCUAGACCUCCCAAGUUCCACAGCAGUGCUGAAGACCUCAUAGAUAAAACUACCCAAGGAGAAGAAAAAGUCACUAUUGAUUUUGAGGCGCUGAAAAACAGAUACGACAUGCUAUCAUCAUCAUUCCAAUGUUAUUGUGAAUCUGGUAACUGUACGCUGCACUCUACAAAACGUAAUUCACCUGUGGACUUAAUCGUCAAGUUCUCAGCCAUAAAACGAAGUAUCUCUACACCAGAUAUAACUUUAGAGACAACUCCUUAUUCGACAGCGAAAAAGUCUCAUUUGCCUAAGAAUAAAUCCGUGCCAAAUAAUUUAGAAGAACCGUAUGCGGUAGUUACUGUCGAAGAUAUUAUCGCGCGAAACUCUAAAAUAACCAGCGAGAAUAAGGAGCAGGGCAGCCCCAUUUACACCCUCAUGUCACAAUUCUCUACUCUGUCAUCCUCCACAUCUGGCCGUCCUUAUUCCAUUAAAGACAUUGCAGAUGUUAUAUCAUUAACCGAUAACUCAACAUCCUCUACUCUAUCUCAUGCUUCUGGUGUGCAUUUGCCUAUAAGAAAAUCGAGCUCUUCGGAAUAUUCCGGUCACAUGUCACUAUAUUCUUGUAAAUCAGACGUCACUGUUAAAUCUGACGCUUCCUUUAAAUCAUGUAUCGAGGAUUCCUCAGAAGAUUCAGACAGUACUUUGCAUUCGGACGGAGAAGACUCGGACGCGGAGACGGUUAAGUCAGAUGGUAGUACUACAAAACGACCUUGGGUGCAAAGCAACUCUUUCAGAUUUGGAAGUCGUUCUAAACCAGAAAUUGAUGUUAUUGUUGAGGAGAAUACUGAAGAGAAGUCCGAGGUUUCUUCGUCAAUCCACGAGAGCGGUAUUUGUCUAGAAGAUUCUGAGAGUUCGUCGUCUGAGGGUGAGAACGAUAGUGGUAUUCCGAGGGGCGAUGCGGACGUCUCGCUUGGUUGUGCUUCGCUUGAGCGGGUUUCGGGAUUGGUCGGGGGUGUUCGCAGCGGGUCGGCGCGACGGCGUUGGGACGAGGCUGAAGGGACCAGCGAGGGUGACGCGCUGAGCGUGUCCAGUGCGGCCUCGAGCUGUGCGCCGCUUCUACUGGCGCACCAUCAUGAAUACAGCAAAGUUUCGCCAACCCCUCCUAAGAAACCUCCAAGGAGGAACCUGUCAGUGUCCCCCACCCACGCCAACUCCCCCUCUUCGGGGUACAGCUAUGAGCUGAGGCCUCAUGCGAGGAGUCAAGACGAUUUGGAUGAUAUACAGGGUGCUAAACACUACCUCAAACACGGCCGCUCGGUGGACCAAUACGUAGACGGCAAGCUAUCCUACUUGGAAUACGAGGAAAACCACAACUCGCCCAGAGUGGUCCCUAUACCCAACCCACGACCCAGUCUCAAACAACGCUCACAACCCGUCGCCAUCACGGCUAUGUACGAAAACAUCGUCAUCAAAGAACAAAACCCAAGAAGAAAACUCAGAAGAAACAACUUCGUUCCAAACGACAGCUAUGAACCGAGAAUGAACGACAACAGAGUCAGAAAGUACUCGAACCAAGAAAAGUCUUCCCUAGAAAGUUUGUUAGACGAUCAGUCGAUGAAUAGCCCGAGCGAUUGUGAACGUUAUUACGAUGGGCAUAGGGCCGAGAUGCCGUUGUCGCCUACGCAUUACGAGCAGCCACCCACGCCUGAUCACCCGCCACCGUCUGCUAAACAAGCGGAGAACUGCAUUCACGAAAGGAUCAGGCCUUUGAGCCAGGAAUACAAGCGGAGAUCAGGCCAACGUGACAGUCAGACUGAGACUGACAUCUUCCUUCUGAGGGCAGCUUCAGCGGCGUCAGUGGCCAGCGGGGCGACUGACAGGAGCGGCAACACUGACAACUGCGUCGAGGAAUAUGUCUGUGACGUGCCUUUUGCUGGCCUCUUCAAAGGCUCAACGACAACGUUAGACGGUAUCGGACUGCGGCCGAUGCCGGCCGAACGUCCCAAGACUCUGAGGAAGCUAAAGUCAGUGUACGACGCGUCACCGACUGAGCCUGCGCCUCCGCCCGUCGCGAGGAAUGGCCAGGCGGAGCGGAGCGUCAACGGGGAGGAGGAGGUCCGGCGGAGGAGUAACACCACCAGCUCCACGCAGAGCGGGGAGAAGUCACUGUCGAUACUCAGCCCGUUUGAUGAGCAGGAGGAAUGGGCGAAGAUCUCAGAGAUAAUGGCGUCGUUUGGCAGCAAGCUGGUGAGGGAGUCCGUCUUCGUGUCCGAGCUGGAGCAGGAGUUCACCUCUAGGCUCGGCCUGAGCUGCUCCGAGUCCAGUCUCAGUCCCUCCGUGGCCUCGAGCCUUGGCCUCUGGCUAUCCGGCAUGGGACUGCAUGAUUAUGAGACCUUGUUUCUGGAAAGUGGAUACGAUGAUAUCGAUUUUGUUAACGGUAUCCUUGACGAAAACGAUCUCCGAGAAAUGGGCAUAGAAGAAAAUGAUAGACAAAAAAUACUAGAAUCAGCAAAACAAUUACCUCUUAAAAUAACUGAAAUAAGCAAUAAUCAUAACAAUAACAAUAUAAGUAAAAACCAAAAUGAAUCUGUAGAAGAAUGGCUAAAGCAUAUAAACUUAGAACAAUAUAGUGAUACUUUUAGAAAACAUUUGUAUGUAGAUAUGGAUAGGGUGAGAAGGAUAUGGGAGGUGGAACUGACGGCUGUACUGGAGAUCCAGAAGGCUGGUCAUCGGAAAAGGAUCCUGGCUUCGGUUUCCGGUGAACACAAUGGUCCAGCGAAUCAUAUGGAAGAUAUAAAUGCAGAUCUCAAUACUCUGAAGAACAACAUACAGCAGCUUAAAGAAGAAAUCAAAGAAAAGUUACCGCCUUCUGAAAACCUCAAGCCGGUUCCACCACCUGUAGUGCCGACCCUGGCGCCACCUGGUGGAGAGACCUUAAAGCGCAGCAAAAAGAACAGGCCUGCUCCUCAACCUCCAAGACCUUCGGACCUGGAGAUCAGAGCGCCUUCAGAGCUGCUGGUCGGAGUACCAGGAGCGCUGAAGACACAGUGGAAGCAUCAGCCUUUUGUGCUUGUUACUGGGGCUGUAACUUAUGUAGCUAAUUACUUAGGAUCGACAGUGGUGAAAGAGCUCCGAGGCACAGAAUCCACAAAGAAGUCGAUACAGAAGCUGAAGAAAUCUACCAAAGAACCGAGGGACUCCCCCGAUAUCAUCUUGUCCAUCAGCUACAGAGGUGUCAAGUUCCUAAACACUAUUACUAGGGAGUUGGUGUGUGAGCACGAGAUCCGAAACAUCCACUGCGCGUGCCAGGAUGCUGAUGACUUGACUCAUUUCGCGUACAUCACGAAGGACCACGCCAGCAGAAGUCAUUACUGUCACGUGUUUAGAGUUGCUACCAUGGAUCAAGCGACUGAAGUUAUCCUCACACUAGGCGAGGCAUUCGAAGUGGCCUACCAAAUGGCACUAAGGGAACAGUCCAACAGGACAAGAGUAACCCAAUCGCUAGCCAAGACUCCAACCCACGACCCCAUGACAACUACUAAUAAGGAGAAACCCAACGUCAAUCACGGCAGAUCACAUUCCAUUACCGAGAUCAAGUUGAAUGGCCAUCAGCUGAAGAUUGCUCCGUUACCUGCUUCGCUCUCCAACGAAGACUUCCAAGCAGCUUCCAGAAACUCCGAUGGCUCCAAAAGCCCCAGAACCCCACUCCUCAAAGCUCCCAUAGCAUCCACCGAAGAAUUGUGAAAGCAAAGGUAAUGUUAACUAACGGUUGUAAAUCGAUUCUAAUCGAUUUCUAGUUAUCGAUUCAGGUUAUGAUUAUACCUAUUAAUAGUUAAAGAAUUUUGAAGUUUUUGAUAUUGAUUAAUUUGGCUAAUGUUUAUGGAAUUGUCUUCCCGGGAGAGAAGCUUCCUGUUAUAUUGGAAAUAUAUUAUAAUACACGAAUACAUAAGUCUAAAUGUCUUGUCUGUAAUUGAAUAUUUUGGAAAUUGAGCCAGACAUUUUGAGUUUGUUUUAAAACCAAAAAGUAUUGUAAGUGUCUGUUUAUUUUUAGCAUUUUUUUAUACUAACAUUAUUCUUUCAAGAAAUGGUCGAGAAAUUAGUGAAAGUUUAAAAUGUUUAGCUGAAAUUACAAUUAUGCAAUGUUUUUAAUGAUAUUACUCGAAUUUUAAUCGAUAUUUUAAUAUAGGUUUGGAUGUUAGUGUUAAUUUGAGGUUGUCAUACAAUAUCAAUGGGCGGAGAAAAACAAUACUUUCGGCCUGUGUUAUGAGAUCCUAUAGAUGGUGCAAACGUAGAAGCGAGACAACGCUACAUUCAUAUCUCGCUUUAACAAUUGAAACAGUCCUAAUCUAAAAGAUAUUCAUCGCUGCUAAUGAGGAAACUUAAAACGUUUUAAAAACUUUUUUCAUGACUCAAGGAUAUUGUAAGCAACCUUCUACUGGGCCUGCAUCAAAAUUAUUGUAUCAUGCUGGUCUAUUACUAUUAUUAUGAAGUAUUGUAUCAAUUUCGACACUGCUUUUACGUACCAUAACCUUAUUUAUAUUGAACUAUAUUAUAAAAUAGUUAAAUGAAACAAUUUUACUAUUGAAUAGUAAAAUUCUAGGCUGUUAUUUAUACAUAGUAGGUUUUUAUUGAUUGUAUAUUUUUGUUUCUAUAAGUAUUAUAUUAAUUAAAAUUAGUGCAGCUGUUUAAAUAGGUUUAUUUCCAAAAGGGCGUAAUUAUAUAGUUUUUGGAAUAAAAUGUUUUAUUUCAUAGAAAUAUUCGAUGGAACGUUAGCUUUGUAUUAUUUAACGCGUUUUGGAAAUUCAUAUUUGGAUAUUUGGGUAGGCCUAACUAUAUAAUCUCGAUAGCAUAGCGGUACGUUACCAUUUUCGGUGUCGUUUAUAUUAUAAAUGUAAAUAGUUGCAUGUAAGAGUUUCCAUUUAUUAUGAAGAUGGGUUGUUGAUAUUAACACAAUCUUAUGAGAAUAAAGCUGAUACGCCUAAAAUAACAUAUAGUACAUAAAACAUAUCAAACUGAUGUUACAUGUUAUUUAAAAGCCAGUUUAAAUAGACCUCUACUGUUGUGUUGUACGAAGCUUAGUUUUGUGACUAAUUUAAAUGUAGGGGCCUAAGUAAAAUGGUCGGCAGUUUGUAAUUUUAAAAUUGAGCUUCCGAAGUUAAUUUUGCACGUAGGUUUAUCGAGUUGAAGUACAUACAAUAAUCGUGUCUUUAAAUGACGAAAAAUAAAAGUUUUUUGAAAAAAUGUUUUUCAUAUUUUCUUCAAUUAUGGCAAACUGUUUGCUCAAGCCAAUGGCGUUUUGCAAUUGCUUUAAAAAUGUUCGCUAAUUUUAAAUUUUUGAAAUUGUAUUGUCUUAUGUUCUUAUGUGACGUUUUAUCCGUCAAAUUUCUAACGUCAUAUUGUUUGAAGAGCUUUGACAAUUAUUCAAAUUUGACGUUUGCUGAUCUGUCAUUGCUUGAAGUACAAUUUGACGUUUAGAAAUUGACGCUUUGAAGUCUGAUUAAAUGAUUUGAGAUUUGUGUAAUCCAUGUGAUAAAAGUAAAAACAAUAUACAAAU